AUGCUGCUUCCGGGAAAGAUCCACCACGUGCUCAGCCCGGGAAACCUCUGCAUCAAGGAGGUGCAGGAGUACCUGCGGGGCAUCUGCCCCGACGUGCAUGUGACGCGGGGCGAGUACGACGACGAUGCUCAGUUCCCCGACACCAAGGUCGUUGUGGUGGGCGGCUUCCGCAUCGGCCUCUGCCACGGCCACCAGGUGAUCCCAUGGGGCGACGUGGAAUCCCUGGCCAUGCUGCAGCGGCAGAUGGGAGUGGACAUUCUAAUCACGGGCCACACACACCGCUUCAAGGCCUAUCGCCAUCAGGGUCGCCUGCUCAUCAACCCUGGCAGUGCCACCGGCGCUUACACCCCCACCACCGCCGCUGCCGCCGCCGCCGCCGCCGCUGCCGCCACCGCCGCCGCAACUGCUGCUGGGGAGACCGACCCUGCUGCUGCAGGCGCCGCUGCUGCGGCUGCGGCGGCAGCGGCGCUGCACCCGAGCUUUGUUCUGAUGGAUGUGGAUGGAGCGCGCGUGGUGGUGUAUAUAUAUGAGCUCGUGGGGGGGGAUGUGAAGGUGGAUAAGAUUGAGUUCAAGAAGCCUGUUGCUGGCGCGCAGUGA